GGUGGGGGAAAAAAAUCCACCACCACCACCACCCGCAGCAGCAGCACCACGGCCGGCAAAAGGAGAGAAGCACGAAACGGCUAACCGGCCUCCCCCUAUCCCCUAUCCCCUUUCCCUUGUGGUGAGAAGGCGCCGAGGCGAUGUUUUACGCCCACUUUGUUCUCAGCAAACGUGGGCCGCUGGCCAAAAUCUGGCUGGCGGCCCACUGGGACAAGAAGCUGACCAAGGCGCACGUGUUCGAGUGCAAUCUGGAGAGCAGCGUGGAGAGCAUCAUCUCGCCCAAGAUGAAAAUGGCUUUGCGGACGUCAGGGCAUCUGCUGCUGGGGGUGGUGAGGAUCUACCACAGGAAGGCCAAGUACCUGCUGGCAGAUUGUAACGAGGCCUUCAUCAAGAUCAAGAUGGCGUUUCGACCAGGCGUAGUAGAUCUUCCAGAGGAGAACAGAGAAGCAGCCUACAAUGCUAUCACGCUGCCUGAGGAGUUCCAUGACUUUGACCAGCCACUACCGGACCUAGAUGAUAUUGACAUUGCUCAGCAGUUCAACUUGAACCAGAGCAGAGUGGAGGAGAUCACUAUGAGGGAGGAGGUGGGCAACCUCAACCUGCUGCAGGACAAUGACUUCGCCGACUUUGGUAUGGAUGACCGGGGGAUGAUGCGGGAGGAGAGUGCGUUCGAGGUGGACAUCAUGGGAGUGUCAGCUUCCAACCUGCUGCUGGAGGCUGAGGGUGGAGCUAACGCGAUGGCGGACAAGUCCAACCAUCUGGAGUACGAUGACCAGUACAAGGACGACUUCGGAGACAAUCCCAUGGAGAGCAACGAGGAAGGCAUGCUUGUGGACAAGCUGCUGAGCAACGAGGACGGAGACGGCAUCUUCGACGACCCUCCUGCCAUCGCAGAGAGCGUGAUGAUGCCUCAGGACCACGGAGUCGAUGACGACGACGACUUUGAUGCUCUCUCAGCGGGAGCCCCAGAUAGUCCAGACUCAGGCCCAACGAAGCCCCUCCCAGCCAUGGCAGACCAGACGGAACAGACCACCCUGGUUCACAACGAGGAGGAAACCUUCGCCCUGGAGCCGAUUGACAUCACAGUGAAGGAGACCAAGGCGAAGCGUAAGAGGAAGCUGAUCGUGGACAGCGUGAAGGAGUUGGACAGUAAAACCAUCCGUGCACAGCUGUCGGAUUACUCCGACAUUGUCACCACCCUGGACCUGGCACCUCCCACCAAGAAGCUGAUGAUGUGGAAGGAGACGGGAGGAGUCGAGAAGCUUUUCUCUCUCCCCGCUCAGCCUCUCUGGAAUGCCAGGCUGCUGAAGAUGUUUACAAGGUGUCUGACACCACUGGUGCCAGACGAGCUCAGGAAGAGGAGGAAAGGUGGAGAGGCCGACAGUCUGGAUGAGUUCCUCAAGGAUCUGGAGAACCAGGAGGUGCCCAGAGAGGAAACAGCAGCACACCAGCAGAGAGACAUCAUGGACCAGACCAUCAUGGAAGAGGCCAGUGUACUGCAGACUUCUGCUGUGGAAGGCAGCAGGACCACGCUGGACGAGUCGGUCAUGCCCCCUCCAUCCCCCCAACAUGGCCUCAAACGCAAAGCCCAGGAGACAGAACCAGCCCUGCCUAUGGGAACUUUGGACCAGCAACAACCGCCGCAGGGGUCCAUUAAUGUGUCCCAGCAGCUGGAGGCCUCCAGUGUGGAUCUGCCCCCAGAGGAAACCACUAACAUCAGCCAGAUGAUAGAGCUGGACCUGCUCGAAGACAAGGACAAGAAGAAGGAUGACGACGACGACUCUGAUGACGAGGAGGAGGAGGCGCGGGGAGGAGACCAGGACCAGGAGGAGAGGAGGUGGAACAAAAGAACCCAGCAGAUGCUCCAUGGCCUCCAGAGGGUGAUGGCCAAAACGGGUGCCCAGUCGGUGGGCCUGCUGGAUCUGUGCAGGAACAACAACAAGAAACAGGCCGCCGCUAAGUUCUACAGUUUCCUGGUUCUGAAGAAGCAGCAGGCGGUGGAGCUCGUCCAGGAGGAGCCUUACAGCGACAUCAUAGCUACGCCCGGACCUCGCUUCCACAUCAUCUAGAAAAACACAACUUUAAAGUUACAAAAGGGGGAAAAGAAAAAAAAACUCCUCAGUGUAUAUUCUGCACACAACACUGUCGACAAACUGGUUUUGUUUACUUAUUUAAGUUUGUUGACUUUGUUUUGUGUAUAAUGUUUAAUCUUCUGUCUGACAAUAUUUUAAUAUCAAUCAGUGGUGGGAGGAUAGAGGUUUGAAUAACAUGGAUGAAUUAUAAAGAGGUUUCUUCCUUGAAAAAUAUCACAGUGAGGAUUGAAACUCCAAACAAUCGGCACUUUUCCUAUUUUUAGUCAUUAUUUAUUGUAUGUUUUAUUAUCAAGACUCACUUUAUAGCUAAGUUUGUAGUAAGUAAAAAAAAACUGCGCACUGAGCAGCAUUCCUUGUUUUUCAAGUAGACGUAGACUAGAAGCCUCUGCGUUGCACCGGCAUAUUUAAAGGAACAGUAUGUUCACAGUGCGAGUAAUAACUCAAUCAACCAUGCUACCUGGAGUCUCAUCGGUCCCACCACUGCAGGAAAAAAAAAGUUCUCAUAUACACUGACAUUAGCUGAAUGGAGCAUGCACUAUAUCCAGUCUGCCAGAGUACAUUUAAACAGUUACUGCGGUAGCGAUUUGCAGACUCAACCAGCAACUGUAGCGGAGCACUUUAAGCAUUACAAACUCCAAGUUGUCGUUUUUUGUAAAUGCGUUGCUUGCGUCGUCGACUGUUUGCACACAAUUGUAGUUGUGUCCAGACUUAAAAAAAAAAAAGAAAAAGAGCUUCAUUUUCUACCUAUAGAUGUAAACAUCAGUGGUCUGCCUUAGUUGCAUGCCCUGUUCUGAAAUAUGUUUGGAGUAGAAUUGCUACAAACAUGUUUAUUACCGUGUUGCUCUUUUAUUCUUAAAAGACUUGAAGUUCAUGACAGAUUUUUUAUUUAUUCAGUGUCCCUUUUAUAUAUAUAUAUAUAUAUAUAUGUAUAUGUAUAUAACCAUUUAGUUACAACUGGGUGACAUGCAGUAAUGUAGAACUUCUGCCAGUGUAAAUCAAGUAGACACUUGUUCAAUAUUCAUUUAUUGAUGUAAUAUAUAUAUAUAUAUAUAUAUAUAUUAAGAGAAUUAAAUUAUUUAAAAGGAAAAUAGAUUUUUAAUCUAAAGAAUGACGCUAUCAAGUGAAGUCUGAAUGGACAUAUGUUAUGAACGUUGUCGUUUGGACUCUAAACUCAUCGUACGAGAAAAUACAGGUUGAAUUUAGCCGACAUCAAAAACCACACAGCGCGCAGUAAAAACAAGCAGACCACCAAGUCGUUGUGACCACUCUCCUUGUGCUUCUGCAAAGACAGCUGAAUGCGUUGUUUUUGAUAUCCACUUCCAUACAAACUGUACAUCAUGUAAUGUCUGAGUGCUUCUUAUAUUCUAAACUAUGUGCCUGUAAACCUGUCUUUUUAUUUUGUAUAAAAGCCAAGACAAAUCUUCCGAUCACAAAAAUAUUGCUAUGUUGCGGAGCAGUUUCAGUCCUAUGCCUGUAAGUCCUGAGUCUUGGAAACUGUUGCGACAUUUUUUCAAAAUAAAACAAAUACUAUGAGCAUUAUUUUAAAAUUGCAUUGUGUGUGUGUCAAACAUUGGUUUAUUCUAUGCAGGGACAUCAGAAAAACAGACCAGAGUGGAACUAUUUCAUAUUGGGAGCGUGGACAUCUUAAAAUAACAUUUAUGGAAGAAACGAAUAGUCUCCGUCUUCCUGCUAUGCAUGUGUUACUGCAGGAGCAGACACGUCUCCUCCCUCCGUCCUUGGUUUCUUGUUUCUAACUCUUUUCCUCUUCUCCCCGUCCUCAGUCUUCUUCUUUGGCGGCGUCGGCCCGCCUUUCUUUUUCUUCUUCAGGCAGCUCAGAGGGUUAGGAUUGCUCCGU